GCGCAGCAUCUCCUGGGAGUCAGUGGUGGGUGUGAUUAAACAGAUAAGAAUUAAAUGUGCUAAAAUGUUACCGUUGAUAAUGGUCGUUUAACGACAAAUAUACCUAUCGCGGAAAGGUGAAGUGUCGCAAAAAUGAGGAGCGCUCAAACUGGCUGCGCUUCGGAAAGCUCCAAAGAAAUGACCGAAAGGCAAGAAAGGAAGAAAUUCGAGGGUAUCGUAGUGAAAAGUGCCGUACCAAAAUAUCGGCAGGAUCUGCUCAAAUGGAAUGGUUGGGGUUAUAAGGACUCCAAAUUCAACGUGGAAAACGAUGGAGAUGUGAAGGUUUGGUUCACAGGAGAUAGAUAUCCAAUAGCUGGCAAGUUCCUUCCACACUUCCGCGACUGGGUCAGCGAAACUUUCAAUAUCGACCUCGCAAAUCCUCCCGCUCUUCCCCAAGAAAUCCCAGUUGAGGAUCGGUUCCCGAAGCCGAACGUCUCCCGGGAACAUCUUCAGGAAAUAUACAGCCUCAACAUCUCCACCUCCCUGAAGGGCAUCGAUAGAUUGGUCAGAGCCCACGGUCAGACCCUUAACGACAUUUUCACCCUCAGGACCGGCAUGUUUCAACGGAUACCCGACGUGGUGCUCUGGCCGACCAGUCACGAGGAUGUAGUUCGGAUUGUGGAGCUGGCCAACAGACUGAACCUGGUGGUUCUGGUGUUUGGUGGCGGUACCGCGGUUUCUGGUGCUGUGGAGUGUCCAGUCGACGAACCAAGGACGAUAAUUUCUCUGGAUACCUCCCAGAUGAACAGGAUUCUAUGGGUGGAUAAGGAGAAUUUGGUGGCUUGUUUCGAGAGUGGCAUCAUCGGGCAGGAUCUAGAGAGGGAGUUGAGGGAAAUGGGUUUCACCACUGGGCACGAGCCAGAUAGUUACGAGUUUUCGAGUCUGGGCGGUUGGGUGGCCACCAGAGCUUCAGGUAUGAAGAAAAAUAUAUAUGGCAACAUCGAGGACCUCCUGGUUCACGUGAAGAUGGUGACGGCAAAAGGAGUAUUGGAGAAGAACUGCCAGGUGCCACGCAUGAGCUGCGGUCCCGACUUUAACCACGUAGUCUUGGGCUCCGAAGGUUCUUUGGGCGUCAUCACCGAAGUGAUAUUAAAGAUUCGCCCCUUGCCAAAAUGUAGAAAAUACGGAUCCAUAGUCUUCCCCAGCUUUGAGAUGGGCUUGAAAACUAUGAGGGAGGUAGCCAGAAGGCGUUGCCAGCCCGCUUCCAUAAGACUGAUGGAUAACGAGCAGUUCAAGUUCGGCCUUAUAUUAAAGCCGGACGCGGGGCGUUUCGCCGCUCUCUUGGACAUCUUCAAGAAAUUCUACAUUACGAAGAUAAAGGGUUACGGUUUCAACACCCUGUGCGUUAUGACCUUGCUGUUUGAAGGAGACGAGGACGAGGUGAAGGAUCAGGAGAAGAAGGUGUAUGGGAUCGCUGGUCAAUUUGGGGGAUUUCCUGCUGGUGAAACUAAUGGAGAAAGGGGAUAUAUGCUCACCUUUGUUAUAGCGUACCUUAGGGACAUAGCUCUUCAAUACCGGAUAGUAGCAGAAUCUUUCGAGACCUCAGUGCCAUGGGAUCGCGCCUUGAUACUGUGCGCGAACGUCAAAAGACGAGUAGCCGAAGAGUGUCGUAAACGUUCGAUUGAACACUUCCUAGUGAGUUGUAGAGUGACUCAAACUUACGACGCGGGCUGUGUUAUUUACUUUUAUUUCGGUUUCAACCACAGCGGAAUAGCCGACCCUGUCAGCGCCCAUCACGACAUAGAAUCUUGCGCUAGGGACGAAAUAGUUGCUAACGGUGGUAGUAUAUCGCACCACCACGGCGUGGGGAAAUUGAGGAAGAAAUGGUACCCGGAAACUGUUUCUGAAGUUGGUGUAGGGCUGUUUAUGGCGACCAAGAACGAGUUGGACCCCCAGAACAUUUUCGCGUCGAAUAAUUUGGUCAAGUCAAAGUUAUGAAACUUUUUAUCAACUCGUGGGAACGUUGCAUGACCAGUCAUUAGUGAAUUAGAGGGAUCAGGGACUGUAUAUUUGAAUUUUUUAGGAUUUUUAUAUAUUUGAACGUACGAAAAUAUGUUUUUUAUUGUUGUAUUUGUUUCAUUGUGUGUGUUUGGUCGUAUUUAUUUUUAAUAAUUUUAUUCUUUUCCAAAGAUUCGAAGCAAUUUGUAGUUUAAUUUGGUUAUUGAUUAGGUAUCUUAUUUAUGUAUGUAUUCGAUUUUUUAAGGCUUUAUAUGAUCUAAAUGGGUAUUGUGUUACUUUGGAAACCUGAUUUUUUGUAUGUAUUUUUUCUAGUCUCAUAUCGAAUUGUAGUUACCAAAAUUGUACCAAAUAAAGUUAUUUUGUUGUUA